AUGGUGACCUCUCUUCCUCUCGCUAGUCCAAGGUCCGAGAUGAACAGCAGCGCUGGGGACCUGGGUGUUGGUGCUGGCGGCCACAGCCCCUGGGACGACCCUGCUGGCUUAAUUGUGGUGCCCGCAGCCUAGGCCUUGGCGCCGGGCUUGGGGCUGCCGGCCAACGUGGCGGCCCUGGCAGUGUUUGUCCGCCGCGGCAGGCGCCUGGGCCAGGCCCUGCGUCUCCACCUGCUCAACCUGGCCCUGGCUGACGUGCUCUUCACGCUCACGCUGCCUCUGUGGCUCACCUACUACCUGGGCCCGACCCACUGGCCCUUCCUGGAGGCUGCCUGCCGCGCGGCCGGGGCCACCUACUGCAUGUCCACCUACGCGGCCGUGGCCUUCGCGGCGCUCACCAGCGUGUGCCGCUGCGGCUCGGUGCACCCGCCCAGCCCUGCACCGCUGGGGCCACCCCCGCGCCACGUGCGCUGCCGCCCGCCUGGCCGGCCAGGCUUGCGCCGCACCCUCGCUGGCCGCCCUGCAUGUGCUGCGCCCCAGGCCGGGCGGCGCCGCUCGCUGCCUGGAGCGCGGCUGGGCUAG